AUGUGGUGGUCCGUCGUCGGCACUGGAGCAUCCUCGUUCGUGACCUGCACCGACAAUAAGACCAACUGGGGGUCGCUCUUGGUGAGCUUUGCAGACACCCUCCGCCGGCAGGCGUCGGUGUACCAGCAUCUCGGCACGCAUCCCAACAUCCCCACCUGCCACGGCCUUGACGAGAUCCAUCCCGGCGACAUGCCGCCGCCCGUAGGCGUCCGCCUCGACAUGAUGCCCGAUGCGGCUCGGGCGCUGGGCCACCUGCAUUCCCUAUCCCUCUGCGAUUUCGACAGCUCGCUGAUGAAGGGACAAGCCUUUGACGCCACGAACUACGAGGAGGCCGCGUACGAGCUGCCGCUUCGGGGCCGGACGUUGAAGGGCCGGGCCGUCACCAAGAGAGAGCUGUUCGCGCUGGGAUGGUUGUUAUACGAGACCAUGGCGUGGGUGAAGCCGUUCGAAGGGGACGGCGUCACCGAGAUCGAGGAAAGCUCGCUCAAGAAGUCUUCCCCAGCUCGGAAGGCGUGCCAACAUCUACCUUUCAAGCUCCUCUCGAAACUGUGA